AUGUCUGCUGCAUCGCCGAAUAAUUCCCUUCUUUCUCCUAUUCCCAGUACCCCCAUGAGAGUUUCCCGCCAGCAAUGGCGUCCUUUCCACCGAGCGAUCGUCAGCAUUGGUAGUCGCCAGUAUGUGAAAUCAAUGCUGGCGACUGUCCCCAUUGGAAUCAUCACAGCCAUCCUAGGCGGGCCACCUCAAAUGGUGUUUUUCCUGAAUCUUACAGCACUGAUACCAUUAAUCACUCUGCUUACGAUCUCCAUUGCCGAUUUGUCUAUAACGACUGGGCGUGUGGUCGAUGAAUUACUCAAAGCGACCGUUGGUAAUGCCAUUGAGCUGAUCCUUGGAAUUGUGGCCAUGAACAGGGGAUACAUGCACAUGAUUCACUCGACCCUGAUAGGAAGCAUGCUCUGCUAUAUGCUCUUGGUUCCGGGGAGCUGCUUCUGUUUCACCGGUUAUGAUAAAGAACAUCUCUAUUUUGAUCGCACCCUAAUCAGCAUUAUGUCUUCCCUCAUGGUAGUGGCAUGCAUGUCUCUUUUGAUUCCAACGAUUAUGGUCACAUUUCCUUCCUUGGAUAUCACUUCUCCCCAGGCUUCUGUGACUCGGCUGGAGAUUGUCUUUGUUUCACGUGGGGCGGCACUUGUACUUUUUAUUUUGCUUGGGGUGUUCCUUCUCUUUCAGUUGAAGAGUCAUGCGUCAAUAUUUCAUCUUGCCGAAGCGUCCAGCGAAGGCUCUCCAGAUCGCCACAGUCUGAACGAUCGUGGCAUCGCCCAGGACCGACCAGCAAGAAUUUUCACACCGCGGAGCGCUAUGAUUGCUCUUGCGGCCGGAAUAGCCUGCUUGACCAUGUGUAUUAUAUGUAUCGUUGAGAGCGCCAAUAGAGUUGCACAAGAGCUUGGCCUUAGUGCAGCCUUUCCUACACUGGUACUGGUUCCACUUAUUGGCAACUCCGCAAGAUAUGCUUCGAUUGUCAUGGUCUCACGCCAGGGGCAUGUGGAAUCAGCGGUGCGGGCCAUCAUCAACAGCAUACUGCGUAUCACUCUCCUCGUGACUCCCUUUCUGAUCAUCCUAGGAUGGGUUUUGAACCUGCCCAUAACACUGCAAAUGGACACGUUUGACGCAACCAUGUUGUUUUUGGCUACAAUGGUGUUGAUUCAUGUGAUUCAGGAUGGGAGGAGUAAUUACUUCGAGGGACUAAUGCUUGUUGGGAUGUAUAUCAUAUCUGCUGCUGCUUUCUAUAUGCGUCCUGGGAUAACCGGCGCCACAAAGCCCAUGCCUUAA